AUGUUAACUUUCAAUAGAGUUUAUAAAACUUUACAAAAAAAUAAUAAUAGAUUAUCAAACUAUAUAAUUAAUAAUCGAUCUAUCCAACUGAAUAAUAAUAAUAAUGUAUUUAAUAAAAAUUUUUAUAAAUCUUUUACAACAGAAACAACAGCAACAACAACAGAACCAGAAAUCAAACCAAAAAUAAAAACAGCAACAAAUAUAACUUCACCAUACCUAAAAGAUAAUAAUGAUGAUAGUAAUAAUAAUAAUAAUAAUAAUACGCAAUUUAAAUUUUUUCACCCAGAUAUACAAAAUGUGUUAAAAGAAAUGAAAAUCGAUAAACCAACAAUAAUUCAAAAAAAAACUAUUCCUGCAUUACAAAGUGGUGUUGAUGCAUAUAUAGUGGAUGAAACUGGUACUGGUAAAAGCUUUGGUGUAAUGUUAGAAAUUAUGAAUAGAUACUAUAAAGAUAUUUUAGAAAAUAAAACCACCAAUCAUAGCAAUAAAAAUAACGAAAUAAUCAAACCAAAAUAUAUUAUCAUCUCACCAACUAGAGAGCUAGCAUGGCAAUUUGGUUAUUGGAUAAGAAAUUUAUUAAAUAGAUUAUUACCAGAAAAUAAAGAGCAACUAUCAAAAGUUCAAUUGGCAGUUAAUGGUAUAGCUUCUGAAGAAAUAUUAAGAAAACAACUAUUACUCUCAAAUCCCGAUAUUUUAAUUGGUACAUCAAAUAUGUUAUAUCCAUUGGUAGUUAAUGGGUUUUUAUCAAUUGACAAUUUAAAUAUGUUGUAUAUAGACGAAGCCGAUCAAAUUUUUCAAACUUUAGGAAAAGAUGCAAUCGAGAAACAAAAGAAAAUAAGAAGGGAUCAUCCAUUACCAAGCUCAUUGCUAUUCAACGAGAUUAAAAGAAAAGUCAGGGAGAAUAACCAUUUUUACACUGAAACUUUUGAAGACCAGGUCAAAAAGCUUUUAAAAAAGAAUCAACAUACCUCAAAACCUCUAUUGGAUGAAACAGAGAAUCAGAAACCAAAAUAUAUUAAAACCGAUAGACCAUUCCAAACCAUAUUUUCAUCAGCGACCAUUGGUAACACAACUAAAAAGGAAAUUAAAGAUAGAGACUGGAUUAACGUCAAGUCGCAAUUCAUAACAGCAUUAGACGAAAACAAAGUUAAAUCAAAAGAUAUUAGGGUCAACAAAAAUGGUGAAUAUUUCCAUGGUGAUUUAGAAUUAGCACCAUUCAGGGAGCAGCUAUCAAUUAUCAACAGAUUAAAUCAUUAUUUCAUAACAGUAGACAGUGAAAAUCAAUUAAUUAAUGGUGUUGUAGAUGUUUGGCGUAAUCUUAAACCAACUAUAGCAAUUGGUAUCCUCUCAAACGAUGCAAAUAUUUCAAAAAUUUGUGAAACUAUAAGAAAAAGAAAUAUAAACUGUUUCACUUUAUCACAUGCAAUGAAUUUCCAAUCAUUCAACGUAACUCAUUUACCUGACUCACCCGAAAAAGAACAAAUUUUAAAAGAUUCCGAAUUAGAAUCAAAAUAUAAAGAAAUCAAUAUCAAAAGAGAAAUUAAAUACAGAGAAAAAGAAAGAAAAAAUAAAUUAAAACAAGAAAGAAAACUACAACAACAACAUCAAAAGAACGAAAAACUUGACGAAGAAGAUGAAAAUGUUUUAGAGAUUUUAAAAGAAUAUGAAAAAGAAUGGAAAUUAGAUCAACUCGAUAAUAAAUCAGUUUUAUAUUUAGCCAAGGAAGAUGCCAUCAGGGGUAUAGAUAUCGAAGAUGUUUCCCACGUCUUCAUUUUAAAUAUUGCCGUUAAACCAAGCUCCUAUCUUCACAUGAUCGGUAGAACAGCCAGAAUGGGUAAAUUUGGAAAUGUAGUUUGUAUAUAUAACGCCUCAUUAUCACCAAAAUAUUUAAAUACAAUGAACCAACUAAACAUACCAUUUAAAGAAGAAGACAUAUACUAA